AUGGCCACAUCGAGUAAAGCGACUUUAAUCUUGCUCAUCUACGGAAUCUUAAUGCACUACAGCGUCUUCUGCACACCUAUCGGACUAAGUUACCCUAAUAUCAGACUUGAAAACGACGCCUUCGAUGAGGACGGGAAUUCGCUAUCCGACAUGGGCUUUGAUGGCGAUCAGAUUGCUAUACGAAGCCCACCCUCCCUAAACGACGACGCGUACACGCUAUACUACCCGCCAGAGAAGAGAGCAGAAAGGCAUGCUGAGGAAGAAUUAGAUAGAGCCUUGAGGGAGAUCCUGGGUCAGUUAACAGCGAGGCAUUAUCUGCAUUCUCUGAUGACAAUUCGUGCAGGUGACGACAACAGCAUGGAGGACGAGUCAGAGCCCUUAUCCAAAAGACACUCGGACGGGAUCUUCACCGACAGCUACAGUCGCUAUAGAAAGCAGAUGGCCGUGCAGAAAUACCUGGCAGCGGUUCUGGGAAGAAGGUACAGACAGAGAGUUAGGAACAAAGGACGCCGACUUGCCUAUUUGUAG